CGCAGUUCGCGGCAAAUUUAAGAAGUCAGCUAACAGUACACGAAGACGAUAGCAUCUGAGCAUGAUUGAAUAAAGGAUGAUGAGACAAAGCCAUUGGAGAGACAGGGUAAAAAGAGUGGAGGAGUUGGCGCAGUCCUUCCACCACUGCCCCUUGUCCUCUCCGUACAAACCCCGGCUAUCGCGACCAUGGCAACCGUCAACCGUGUGGAGGCUCUUCCCCCGUCAAAGUGAGGCCCUCAUCUUUGGCCAGAGUUGCAAGCAGGAUGUGCACGUGUUUGCGCUGGAGAAGGAACAUGCGAAGAUGGGCCACAGAAUAUACCUGGUCACGAGCUAUGCUGAGCUCUGGCAUUACUACAAGACUUACAGACAGUCCCUGAUGCACUGCUAUGAGGUGAUUCCAGAAGGUGCUGUGUGCAAACUCUACUUUGAUCUGGAGUUCCACAAGCCUUCAAACAGAAGCCUUGAUGGAAGGAAGAUGGUGGUGUUGCUCAUUCAGUAUGUGUGUUGCAAGCUGGAGGAGGUCUAUGGUGUGAAGUGUUCCAGCAAAGAUGUCCUGAAUCUGGAUUCCAGCACAGAGGAUAAAUUCAGCCGGCAUCUCAUAUUCCUUCUCCCUAAUGUGGCUUUCAAGGACAAUACUCAUGUUGGUCAUUUUAUCAAUAAAAUCUUAAAGCCAGUCCUAGACGUGGUGCAGAAGAGGAGGAGCGGUCUGGGGGCAGAGGAGAACACACAUAGUGUGGUUGAGGAGCAGCUGGAUAGUCCACAGGCCAAAAGACAGAAGCAAGGAGAGGAGGACCUCCACUUCCUGUUGGUUAAAGACAAAGAGGGGCGGGACCAGCUCUUUGUAGACCUCGGUGUCUACACCAAGAACAGAAAUUUCCGCCUCUACAAAUCCUCCAAAGUGGGGAAGAAUGCCGCCUUCAAAGUGGCAGAGGACAAUGCUUUUGUUGCAAAACCAGACAAACGCGUAUCUGCAGAGGAAAGCAUAUUUCUGGCCUCCUUAGUCAGCAAUGUAAGUUUCACAGGACAGAAGAUUCUGACAUGUGAAGCCCCCCUGACAAAGGAAGCUAAAUGCCUUCUGUCCCCUGCACCGCGGUCCUCCUCCGAUACCUCAGACUGUAUUGGUGGAUACCAGCACUCCCCUUACAAAGAAGUGGAUGACUUUGUCCUCUCUCUUGUGACCAGAGAUGGUGUUAAUGGAAGUAUUAGACGGUGGAGCUACUUCGUCUCUGAGCAGCUGCUGGUGUACGACAUCCUGAAAUACAGAUGGUGUCAGAACGUUGGCAGGUUCCACAAGAGCAACAACAUCAUGAUUUUGGUGGACCUUAAAGAGGAGGUGUGGUACCAGAAGUGCCAUGACCCUGCGUGCAGGAGUGAAAACUACCGAUCUUCAAAUUACCCGCUGCCGAAGGAGAUCUGUGUCAGCUACUUCAUGAAAGAGAGCGAGGAGGAGGAGGUGGGGUACCAGAUGGACGAAGAAGGGAACAUAGAGCCCAGCCAGAAGCCAGCUGCAGCGGAGCGAGGGGGCAGGGGGUCCACGCUUACCCCCUGCCAGGGCGACGACUGGGCUGACGACCAGGCCUGUGUGGAGGCGCUGGAGGAUGCAGAGAGGGGCGUCUCCAUGGAUACCCCCCAGCACCACGCCGACGAUGUUCCGGACGGACUUCUGCUCCAAAUGCUGGCGGAGUACGAGUCCCCGUGAGACCAGGCCUGUGAUUCCACUGACCCGGCUUCGCUGAAGGGCACCUACACCUGAGGCAAGCUGGAGGCUUCACUGACUAGCCUUAGCUGCAGGGCAGGUAGAGCAUACCUGCAGUGAGCCACAGACAUUUCCACAGAGCCUCCUUAGCUGUAGGGGGAAUUAACCCGAGAGAAUGUCUCUUGGCCCCAAAGCCAGUCAUAGUUCCUUCACUGUGUAAAAUGCCAAAGACAUGAAGCGUCUCUGGUGGUGGUUAACCAUGCCCUGGUUAAAUACCAUCCAUAGUUCACCCUCAAAAGUAAAACGUUAACCCCUUGUGCUGCAUACUAGGUCAGCACACAUCAGAUGUGGUCUUUAUUCUAGUCUCUCCUCAGUAAGACUAAAAAAGCACAGAUGGCAGGACCCCUGUUGUUACCUAGCCAGCAAAUACACAGAAUUGGCAAGCGAUCGCUCGUUCAUUUACACACAAACGUGACGCAGGCAGCCACACUACCAAAACAGUGUGAAGCUUGCGGCUGUUCUGGGAUCAGCUGCAAAGGCAGACGGCCAUAUGGAGUCACAUCAGAGUGGCACACCUACAGCUGAGGCUGGGUCAGUGGAAAUGAAGAUACCAGCUGGGGUAUUCCUGUGUGGGCUGGAGAAGGGAGUAUUUUAUCUGGUGUAUUUAGAUGGUGUUUCACACACCCUAACUGGUCCUACGGUACUUCCACCCCCACAUUUGCACAGGGUCUACCACGAAAUGCAGGAUUUUUUUUACUGGAUGUCAUUUUCCUCAUUUUGGCAUUGCCAGCUGAGCCUUAAGCUCGCCUCCUUAUGCAGGUCCUGCACUGAAACACCAUGCUUCAGCACUUUCUGGCUAUAACCCUCCGAUUCUCUCUCCUGUAACCUGUGGCUGUUUUUCAAACUACAGGUCCCAUAAUGCACUGCAGGAGGACCAAUGCCUUUCAGUCAGGAUAACAGCAUUGCUUCGGCACCUACUAGCUGAUGGAAGCCCCAUCUACUUCAGCAGAAUAGAGGCAGUUAUGUCUCUCCACUGUGGUCUUUAUCAGCUAAUGAUA